AUGAAGAUAGAACUUUUUGCUCUGAUUUUCCUCUGCUUGGGUGGUAUGCUGGCAGUCAGUGCACGAUCAGUUGAUGACAGUUCAGCAGAUGAUGACCAAAACCUGGUGCGCCGCUAUGCUGAAUCCACCCUUGCAAGUGAUAUCAGCAAAAUAAUGGAGUCCUUGGUGCAGAAGAACUUUAUAAACUCUCUGCUGAAUCAGAGAGAGAAAAGGAGCGAGCCAAGCGUGAUGCCUGAGGAUUCAGAACUUAAUUUCUACAAAGAUCUUCUGAAAAAGAAAUUUGUUAUGUGGCUUCACAGCAAAGUUGAUGGAUCCAAUUAA